UAGGAAGGAGGUACUAUUUUAGGCUUCACCCGUCUUAGGUUUCUCCGCGCCAAACGAUGGCUCUUGAGUAGCUUCAUUCACACAUGCGAAUAGAAGAGGCGUCUGCGCCAAACGCGCGCAAUCCUCGUCGAGCUUCGACGGUUGCGAUGAGAAUAAGUGGGCAGCUCCUCUCGAUCCCUGCCCGUGCACCACUAAUAUUCUACUCCCGUAGCCAAAUGCGCGCGUUCCGCCGUUAGCCUGCACGCACGCGCAUCCCGCCGUCCGUCCGUCGCCCCCGCACCCGAGGCGGGCGCACCCCAGCGUGCAUGAAUGGAUGGGAGCGGGCGCGGAGAUCGCAACGACGACGAUGACGAGUGGGACGAGAACGAGAACGAGAACGAGGCGAACAACGGGCUCCCUCCAGCACCAGCAGAGCUUCGUAACAGGGGACCCGGGGAUGACAGUAACGCGUACGAGGAUGAGCAUGAUGAGUACGGGGAGGAGGAGGGGGAGGGGGGGGAGUAUGGUGAGGAAGGGGAACGGGGAGGGGGGGCGCGGUAUGGGGAAGAGGGGGGGUAUGGAGAAGAGGGAGAGUACGGGGAGGAAGGUGAAGGGUAUGAGGAUUAUGACCCGGAUGAUCCGAAUUACGACCAGCAGCAGCAGCAGCAUGGCGCCCCUCCUAAAGGGCCGGGGCCUGGGGCAAGGCUGGGCCCGCCUGGCGGUCUGAAGGAGGAAAACGAGUAUGAUUAUGACGAGUACGGUGAGGAGGGAGAGUUCGGGGAAGAGGGUGAGGAGGGCAGGGGGAGGGAUUACGGGGGGGAGGGUGGAGAAGGAGAGUAUGGGGUGGAGGGAGAGGAGGGGGAGUAUGGGGCUGAGGGAGAGGGUGGGGCUGAGGGAGAGGGUGGGGUUUAUGGUGAAGAUGGGGAGUAUGUGGAAGGGGGGGAAUAUAGAGGGGAAGGUGAGGGUGAAUAUAAUGAAGGGGAAUAUAAUGAGGGAGGAGAUGUUGAAGGGGAGUACAAUGAAGGCGAAUACGUUGAAGGGGAGUAUGCGGAAGGAGAGUAUGAUGGACAGGAGGAAGAGCACGGGGAGGAGGAGGCUUAUAACGAGGACGGGGAGUAUGUAGGAGAGGGGGAAGGGGGUGCUGGUGUUGGGGGAAACGAGGAUGGGGAGGAAGGCGACGGUGAAGGGGAUUUUGAGGGAGAGGGGGAGUAUGGAGGAGAGCAUGAGGGGGAGCAUAAGGGGGAGUAUGAGGGGGAGUAUGAGGGGGAGUAUGAGGGGGAGCAUGAGGGGGAGUAUGAGGGGGAGCAUGAGGGGGAGUAUGAGGGGGAGCAUGAGGGGGAGCAUGAGGGGGAGCAUGAGGGGGAGCAUGAGGGGGAGCAUGAGGGGGAGUACGGGGAAGAGCAUGAGGGGGAGUACGGGGGAGAGCAUGAGGGGGAGUACGGGGGAGAGCAUGAGGGGGAGCAUGAGGGGGAGCAUGAGGGGGAGUACGGGGGAGAGCAUGAGGGGGAGUACGGGGGAGAGUAUGAAGGGCAAGCGGAUGGUAAUGAGGGGGAAGGAGGUGAGUACGAUGAGAAUGGGCGAUAUGAGAGAGACGGAGCAGAGCACAUGGAAGGGGAAGAGUACAUUGAAGGGGGGGAGUACGGGGAGGAGUACGGGGAGGAGUACGGGGAGGGGGAAGAGGGCUAUAGAGAAGAACCCGAGGGUGAUUAUAUCGAAGGAGAUGAAAAUGCAGAGGAGGGAGUGCAAGAGUCUCGAGGGGAUGAGAAUGACGAGGCUGAUGAUAACGAGUAUGAAAACGAGUACCAAGGAAAAGGGAGCGAGCGGGUCUCUGAGGAGGGGCGAGAGGAAGGGUAUGGUGAGGAGGGGCAUGGGGUAGAGGAAGGAGAUGUGUACAGUGAGAGAGAGAGGUACCGAGGGGAGGAGGGGGAGGAGUUUGAGGAGGAGGGUGGUGACUAUAACGAAGGGGAUGAUGCGCCGCAGCAAUUUGAAAACGAGGGUGAUUAUAGGGAUGGGGAGGAGCGGCAUCGGCGUGACGAGCAGGAUGGAGAGGGGGAAGGGGAAGGCGAGUACAAUGAUGAGGGCGAUAUGUAUGGUGAUGAUGCCGAUGCUGAUGCCGAUGCUGAUGCCGAUGCUGAUGCUGAUGCUGAUGCUGAUGCUGAUGCUGAUGCUGAUGCUGAUGGUGAUGCCGAUGCUGAUGCUGAUGCUGAUGCUGAUGAUGGGGGGGAGGAGCAUGAGCCAAGGGGGCGAAGAAGCCAUGAUGGGGUGUUCAGCGAUGAGAUCGAUGAGGACGAAGGGGAGUAUAACGAGGAGGAGUAUAACGAGGGGGAGUAUAACGAGGAGGAGUAUAACGAGGAGGAGUAUAACGAAGGGAGAAGGCGUGGCAACGACACUGUUGGUGAUGAUGAUGGUGAUGACGAUGGUGAUGGUGAAAGGGUUAGAGACACGGGGUCCGGCGGGGAUAAAGUGGAAGAGGAGGAGCUUGCAGGAGCGGAGGAGGAUGUGGGCUCAAGAGAGGAGCGGGGGGGAGACGAGGAGUAUGAUGAUGACGAGGGGAAGAGGUAUGGUGGAGAAGAGGAGGAUGAGAGUGAGGGGGAGAGGGAGUGGGGCGAGAGAGGGGAGUUAGAUGGAGAGAGGUUUAGGGAGGAUGGAGGAGAGGGGGAAGAGGUGCAGGAGGAGGAGGAAGAGGGAGCGGAGGGGGGUUUCUGCACGAGAGAGGGCGAGGGGGGAGUGUGGAGGAGGAAGGAGAGGAUUUGGAGGAGGAAGGGGAUGAUUUGGAGGAGGGAGGAGAUGAUCUGUAUGGGUCGGAGGCUUCAGACGAGGAGCAAUGGAGGGAACAGCAGGCGCGACAGGAGCACUGGGAAGGGCAAGAGGGUACUGAUGAUGAUGAUGCUCAUGCUGACGAUGCUGAUGAUGGUGACGGUGAGCAGCGGCAGCAGCAGCAGCAGCAGGAGGAGGGGGAGGAGCAGCAGGACGAGGAGGAAGGGCAGAGUGUCGGCGAGGAAGAGGUGGAAUUCAGAAGGGAUGGGAGGGAGGAGGAGGAGGUGGAGUUGGAGGGAGAAGAGACGGAGGCGGGACGAGAUUGGGAUGGCAUGGGAAGGGAGCGUGAAAGGGAGAACAGGGAUUUGUUUUCGGACGAGGAUAGGGACGAGAAUAGGGACGAGGAUAGGGACGAGGAUAGGGACGAGGAUAGGGACGAGGUUAGGGACGAGGAUAGGGACGAGGAUAGGGACGAGGAUAGGGACGAGGAUAGGGACGAGGAUAGGGAUUACAUUGAGGGUGAAGGCAGCGUUGAUGGUGGGGAUGGAGGUCGCAGUGCUGCUCAGCCUGCUGCUCGUGACAGUGGCAAUGAGUAUGGCGAGGGGGGGAGCACCAGAGGGAGUGAGUAUGGCGAGGAUGAUCUAUAUGUUGGCGAUGGUGGCAGUGAUUAUGAGAGGGGGGAGGACGACGCUGCUGCUUCGGCUGCUGCUGCUGCUGCUGCUGCUGCUGCUGCUGCUGAUGAUGAUGCUGAUGAUGAUGAUGCUGAUGCUGACGCUGACGCUGACGCUGAUGGCGGUAGAGUCGGUGGUGAUGGUGUUGAUGGAGAUGGGGAGGAGGGCGAUGGGUAUGGGCAAAACGAAGAGUAUGAGGAUGGGGAGGACGCAGAAGAGGGGGGCGUGGAAGAGCGGGCACUGGAUGAUGGAGUCGAUACUGAGCAUGGAUAUGACGCUGACCUGAGGGAGGGCCGCUCUAGGCGAAGGGCGCAGCAGGAG